AUGGAAGCUAUGACAUGGAGCAGUGGUUUGUUGAUUCUGGCUAAUUUAGCAACCAAAGCUUUGACAUGGGAUAAGCCUCGAGUGACAUUGAUCUGUCUAAACAGAUUUUCAACACAGUUUCGAAGUAUUGGUGGCCGAGAUCACACAACUCCCUACGGGGUGCUCGGCGUAGGAGACGAAGGCGGUAGGAGGGCGUCAGUGCCGGGGACGAGGGCGUCGGUGCCGGGGAUCGAUGAGGGCGUCGGAGCCGGGGACGAGGGCGUCGGUGCCGGGGAUGAGGGCGGGGAUGAGGGCGGGGAUGAGGGUGUCGGAGCCGGGGACGAGGGCGGGGAUGAGGGCGUCGGUGCCGGGGAUGAGGGCGUCGGAGCCGGGGACGAGGGCGUCGGAGACGAAGGAGGGCUCGGCGCGGCGCUCCGUACGGUGCCCGGAGACGAGGGCGUCGGGGACGAUGGUUGGCGGCGGCGUCGCUCCCUAGGCUCGCGGCGCUCCGGGGGACGAGCUGUCGGCGGUGGCGGCCGGGGACGAAGGCGUGAGGUGACGGCGGGGAGGAGCGGCGCGCGGCGGGUGAAAUUAGGGCAACGACGGCGGGGAGGAUGA